UUGUCGCCCUUGAGGCGAGUUCACCACCGGGUGCUGUGUAGUGUGUAGUCAGUACAGUAUCUAUCUGUCUGUGUGUCUGUGACCUAUGGUGCUAAGGGGGCCCCACGACGUCUCUCCCAUACACUUAUGGUUGUUGAUCAUUUACACUUACGAUGAUGACGGUGAGCAGCGUGAGCUCGCCCCGCGUGGUCUGGCCUGCCAUGCCGCAAGAUCACCGAAGAAAGUCCACUGAGGACUACGACGCCAUCAAUCCAGAUUUUCCUCCGCCAUCUCUGAAAGCUCCUCAGAAUGACGGAGGCAAGGAUGUGGAGAAGCCGAAAAAGAAAGAGAAAAAGUGGUCAAUCGGGGGGCUCUUCCGAAGAAAGAAGAAGGUUAGUGAUACGGAUAGUAGCUCUCCAGUCGAGGAUGAAGAAGAAAAGAAGGGGUUUUUGGAGAGAAGAAGGGCAGCAAGGAAGAGAAGAAAUCGAGGGAGUAAAGAUGUAACUGGUUCCUUUGAGCAUGUGAUAAUAAAUCCUCCACGGAGUCAAAACGUGGAGACGAUGUCCCCCGAACAAAUCAGAUCCAAGGAAAUUGCAAUUGACAGAUUAGUCGGGAGGAGCCACGAGUCUCUCGCCAAGAGGCAAGAAGUGGGCCAAAUCCGAGGGAGUUCUGUUUCACUAGAGACAGCGGGACGCAAAGGUGGAAGAAUACAAGUCAAAGCUCGGGUAGAAGCUAGUAGAGAAAGGUUAAAAGCCGACUCAAGUUCUGAUGAAGGUGGAGGCUCCUCUAGACAUUCUUCAUCAUCUGUACAAAGAUCUAAAAAUGAUGAGAAUUUGGGAUCAAAGGACGGCUCUCUCAGUAGAAGGUCUAGAGCCGCAAGAACUGAAAGGUACAAAAAGAGGUUAUCAAGGGACGACGAAUCUUUUAGAGAUUUUCAGGCCAGUCCUCCGUCCAGGAUAUCGAGGUCUGACGAGAGACUAUCAAAUAAAAAAGCUGAAAAGGUGCAAGCGAACAAUAGGUGGACUGCAAAAGUAGUUUACUAUGAAUCUAGUGACUAUGACACUAAAUAUACUGCUAAAACAAAAUCCGCAACACCCAGUCCGAUUGGGAGUCCUAAAGUCAGGCCUAAAAACGCGCUACACUAUACGACUUCGGCGCCCGCCAGUUCAAACUACGUCACAUUCCCACCAAGUCACGUAAGGGAUGGAGUUGUAGGGUCACACCAAGAGCUCAGAAGUCAAAACUAUCCCCAGGUACUAGCAGAAAAUGUCCAGAAACCAAACCAAAGGUACACAGAUAUUACACCUCCCAGACUUCCUAAAAGCAGUAGUGAUAUGAUAAGUAAGUCACCAUUCCCUUAUUCCGUGCCAAAGCAAUAUCCAGCGUGGGGAAAAGAUGUUUUGAACCGGAAAAGCGCUUCAUACGAUUGUAACGUGAACCACUUACAUUAUGUUAACAACCAGAUUAGCCAGCCACAUCCAACUGAUGAAAAUGUACUAGUUGUUCAGUUCCCUAUAUCGAGACCAACCCAGAAGACGGACACCAAAGUUGCCAAAAUGGGAGCAACUUCAUCUAUACAUCAUCACAAACAACCAAAUCCCCCACCACCUCCACCGAGAGAUCCUCACAGAAGGUUAGUUCCAUCAAACGGUUACAUUCACGAAACAAGUCCAAGACCCAUGUCUUAUGCUUUUGAAGAUAGAAAUCAGCAUCAUACCAGGUAUUCAGGAUUUCCUGAAUUCGGUUCUAGUGUUUCGGCAUUUCAGAGAGUUCCACAAACAACUCCAAUUGAUAUUCAACUUAACCCUGCUAUAAAUAAACACCACAGAUCAAGUUCCGAUCACCAGAUACCGUCUCGAAUCAAUUCCGUAAAAAAUUCUCCUCCUUCGAAAAGAAGAUCUUCGGCUCAACCCACAGAUAUAAUUUCAAGGCAAUAUUCUACAAACACUGAGUCAUUAGCAAUUAGCCCCCCGUCAGACGUAAUUCCUCAAACAGGCGUCCCACAUCAUUAUCAGUACUAUACUGAUCAGCAACCUAGAAGCCGGAAACCCAUUCACAUUUCUUAUCAAAAUCAGAAACCCCAACAAUCAAACGAAUCUUAUCUCAGUGACUCCCAAGUUGUACUCAAGCCUCCGCUCCAACAGAACGCUAGGGUAAGGCCUCCUAGUGUUCAAAAUGCAGCAGACUUUUGGAAGCAAAAGGACCAAGAAAGUUCAAAGAAAAUUCAUUUAUCAGAAGGCUCUCCAAAAUUAAUACAGAGGCACUUCGUAAACGUUAACACACCAAUUGAAAGGUCGAGAUCUAACAGUCCUCAUAAUGAGAGUCAUACAAUAACGUCCAAAUUAAAACUACCUCCAUUAAAAAUGCCCGUUCGUGGAACGGAAUCCUCGGGAUUUAUAAAUAAUCAAUCUAGUCCCCGAGACAUUCCAAGUCCAAGGACGCCUACAAAUAGAAAAUUGGUACACAAUGAGAUUGGCAUUCCAGUUUUUGACAAUUCCGAUGCGAAUAGUAUAUCAAAACGAGAAUACCGUCCGCUAUCCAUGCUAGAAGAAAAACAAGAAAUGUCUGAACAAGAGGUAUCACCGAUGAAAGAAAAAUUAAACAAUCCUCCAACGCCUCCCACUAGACGGGAUUCUAAGGUAAAUGCAGUCACUAGUUUCGAACAUUUUGAUAUUUUCAGUGAUGAUAACGAAGGAAAGGAUGGUGGGAGAAGACAGUCAAGCAACUUGGAAGAAGCUUUGAAUGAACUUGAAGCUAUUUAUAAAAGUCUGAGGUUAGGUGAAGAAGGGUAUUUAGAGAAAGUAGCAAAGGAAAAGGCAGUUUAUGAAAACAACAGAUUAGAUCCUUCAAAUUGGAAUGCAUGGGUUCAGUCAAGAGGGUUUGAAUCAGACUCAAGCUUUAAUUACAGCAGAUCUUCCUUAGAAUCUGUGGACAGCAUAGAUUCUCCUCUAAGAAGAACCAAUACAAGACGAUCAGGUGUUCCAGAUAGGGUAACUGAUGAUAUGGCUUACAGAAGGUUGAAUAAGAAAGAUAGGCCUCCGCCUCAAGAGCAAGAGGUAAUUUCACAAGCUGGAAGUUUUUUGUUGGUAUCUCCUACACUGAGUCCACCUCCUUUCAUCGAACCACCUCCUGUUCCACCAGUUAAAAAUGAACCAGACAUAACACUGGAUGAUGUUGUCUAUCGAAAUAUAAAACAUGUUCAAAAUUCUUUGAAGGUGCUGGAUCCACAACCCCCAUUCGGAAUACCAUUGGGUCCAAUAACUCCAGCCCCGACCAGCGAUUAUCUCCAUGUGACACCUAAGGAAACGUACAGGCCGACUUUCAAACCAAGAAAGACUCCUGAUGUUAUCUCUGAUGAUCUUGCCUUUAGAAAUCUAAGGAAAGAUAAUAACAAAGAAGCUCUUUUCACACCCGAAGAUACGACAUUAAUAGAUUCUCCUACACUGAAAAAGAAAAGAGCAGUUAGGUCUUUAUCUGCAAAUUUAUUAAGUAUAAUUCAGAAAGAAUCAAAAUUAUUGAACAACAACAAUAAGCUUUUGCACAACAACAAUACUAAUGUUCAAAAUGACCUGGAAAAGUCUCAAAGUUUUACUGAUGUUACAGAUCCCAAUAACACAAAUUAUCUCAGUUCUAAAAACUCCUUGGAAGAAAAGAAAUUUCUCGAUUUAAACGUAAAGAAGAAUUUGAGUGGCGAUGAUUCGGACACUACACCUCGAGUUUCAAGACAUUUUAUGUUUGGUACCUCGUCACCUAUGAUAGCUACGAGUUCAGAAACUUUGACGGGCAGUAAAAACAGUCUGGUCACUCCAGAUUCGAGACCACCAAGUCAAAAAAUAUCUCAAAAUUCAAGUCCUCGUCUUUCUCUCACACCAGAACGGAGGCACACAACUGAUGGUAUACAUGUAUUGCCAAGAAGCUCUUUGUCUCCAGCAAAACAUGUCCCUUUAAAGAAUGAGUUUUUUAAAAUUAACAAUUCUACAAACACUCCAAAACCGAAACAGAUGGAUUUCCGCCGAAGUCCGACCCCCGACAGUCAUACAUUCACUUAUCAGAGUGAUAAAAAAGAGAAAGGGCCACCUGUAAUCUAUGAUCAAACCGAGUCAGAUCUUUUGGCGAUCCUUGCAAGAGAAGCAAAAGAAGCAAGUGAACAGUUAAGCAAAGAGCUAAACGAACUGAAUUUUGAUAAAAAACCCAAAAAUGUCUGUGAUCAAACUUGUAGCAAUAUUAACCUCACUAGAAAUGAUGAUGAACAACAAACAUGUCCUUCUAAAGAAAACACUACACAACACACAGUUCUGAAACCUUUAGCGAUAGGAAAGAUAAUUCCUCACAAACCAGUGAAACUCAACACAUUCUGCAUUACAGAAGACAAUAAGCUAGAAAAUAAACAGACCAUUGUGACUGAAAAACAUCCUGAAAUAGAAGGAAGCAAGAGUAUGACAGAUUUGUUAAAGGAGCUAACAAGAACGUUAGAUUUCGACUUCGGAACUUCUCCUAAGGAAAAUGAAAAUCAAGCGGAAACCAAACCAGAACUGCCAGAAGAGCGAGCAGAAAAGAUACUAACCCCUGACGAAACGAUUGAACAAGAAGUAUUUACUGAAGCGAUUGAAAAUCGACCAGAUAAGAAAGAGACCGAAGAAAUCUACUUCUCAUCAGUUGAAGAAAUUCCUUGUCAACACUUAUCCCCAGCUGAAUCAUCUCUACUGUCUUCUCUUCGCGAAACAACGACGGAAGCUGAAAUGGAAGUGCAUACUGUAUCCCCUGUAAACAGCUUCCCUUUAGACUUAUCUGAUGGAAAUGAACAAGAUAUAUUGAAAGCCCAAUCCCCUGAAGCUCAAAGUUCUCAUCGACAAAAGUUGAACGAAUCUUGUGAUAUCAGUAAAAUCCAGCCGAAUGACGACCAAGGUGACUUCGAGCGUCGCGGUGAUCGUGACUCCAGUGACGGAAAAGCUCCAGGAGGGUGUUCCAUGGACUGCUCCAGCUUGGCCGAUGAAGAGGCUGUGGGAGAGACAUGCCUGGAGUCUGCUAUGGUAGCCCAGUUGCAACCUGCGCAGUUAAGUGACUGGAUGGACCCAGCGGAGGCGGCCCGACAGCAGAGGAUUGCCCGCUAUAAGGAGGAAAGGAGGCGGCAGCUAGACGCCCAAUAUGGCCGCCUCCAGGACUCUGCCUCCAGCUCGUCCAGUGGAGGCGGCGUCACCAUCCGGUCCACCCGGGCCUCCCGCCUUCGCUCCGCCGCCGUCGCGGCUGUGCCAGAUGGAGGGAAGACGGCAGUGACGCCUCGGCGGGAGUUAGGAUCGGAGAAGAAAGAUGUCAAUGGAAGGCUCGGCCCGCCCACACCAUCACCGGAAGUGGCCAAAGAGAAGAGCCCGCUGACACUGUCCGACACCUCGUCCUCCCCAGGACCUCGGAAGGAACGCGACAAGAGCGCCAAAAGGAAGUCGAACCUAAACCGCUCAUUGAACGCCGAACCAGUUAAGGACUCUCCACGUCCUGAAGAUGUGGUGCGGAGACGUCGUAGUGUGGGGACCAGCCCUGGCCAAAGCCCCGCUAAAUCCCCCCGAGCCACCCCUGCUACCAACUCUGCCACUGCAACCGAGUCGGACACCCCCCGCCCAGUGUCUAGUAGAACUUACAAGAGAAUCACUCCUCCUAGGGAGUCUCCACGACUUAGACCACGGUCCAACUCUGGGGUGCUGGAGAGACAGAGCUCAUCUUCACCGCCUACCUCUGAGACUGUCCCCGCUCCAGCUCCAGCUCCAGCUGUUAAUGGAGUCAGCAGCCCUCCUGCCCCUGAAGAACCUCCCGAAGUCCUCCCAGAGACACCCUCUCUGCCAGACGUGGUUGUACUGCCUUCUCGCCCGUCCUCCAUACUCAAGAAAAAGUCACUGGAUGAGACAUCCUCCACUUCUCCACCUGCAGCAGUUUUUGGCAGGCCUGUGUCUAUCCUGAAGCGCAAAACCUCACAAGAAGAAGGAUCGACCACCACAUCUCAACCUGUGACUUUCUCUCCUUCUGUAGUGGAGCCCACUGCAAGACGUCAGGGGAUACUGAAGAAGCACUGCAGUCUGGACGAGGGCAGUGGCGGAGUGGGGGUCCUGGCACGACGCAGUGCAUCGCCGGACAAACCCAUUCUCAAGCAGCAGCGGCGUUCUUCACUUGAGGAUCUGCGCAGGCGCACUCACAGCCCCGAGCCUCAGUCUAUUCUUAAGCGCAAAACCAGUAGGGAUGAGGCAAUGGAGGCUUCUGUGACUAGUGAACCGCAGGGCAUCCUGAAACGCAAGACGUCCAGUUCGACCGGACCAGUUCACGUGACAAUUGCUGAGUCUGUUAUACUUGCUGUAGCUGGGGAGGACUCUCUAGCAGACGAUCAUGUACGCCCUAUCCUGAAGAAGAAGACCAGUCUGUGCGAAGAACCUCCUGGGCUGAGCCAAGAUGCUGGACAGGGAACCGAGGCUCCGAGACCCAUCCUCAAGAAGAAAUCAAGUUCUGAGACUGAGGAUGGCGAGGAAAAACCGAUGAAGCCGAUUUUGAAGUCGAGAAGGGACUCCGGAAGAGUUUCAGAAGGUAGAAACAGUUUUACCGACCAUGAGACUCAGGAAGGGCGAGCGGAUGAGAGACCGUUGCAGAACGGAAUCGAAUCCAGAGACGAAUCACUUUCUGCGUUUUCAGCCAGGGCUGAAAGUUCUAGCCCAGAAAGAUCUGUGGUCGUCCGGAGACUUGGGAAGAGUUACGAUGCUGAUUCUCUCCCCAAGAGACGAUCAUUUGAUAGCUGGGUGAGAUUUAAAGACGAUCAAGGGCAAGAAUCCCAUUCAAGGACUUCAUUAUCGGUAGCCGAACGUGUCAUGAAUAUGGAGAGCUUCUUGGCGUCUGAGGUCCAGAGACCGAGGUCCCUGUCGCCCACUCAGAUCAAAGGGGCUUUGCCCAGGCGAAGAGACAAAGAGCGUUGUCGCACACAACCCAUCACCAUACAAGAGCUGAGCAACAGUAGAAGCUGGUCGAAAGAAGAGUGGGCAGCGCAGGCUGCAGAAAGAAGCCCGAGGAUGGAACAGGAGGAGCCUCAUGCUCUGACCCGCAGUGACAGUGUGUCUGCCCGCGCCAGCCUCUUUGAGGCUCAUCUCAAACAAAUAGAGGACGAGGCAAAGUCCAAGAGAGUGCUCAGAGGGAGUGCUGCCCGCAGAGUGAAGCUGGACCCCUCGCGCUUCCAGACACAGCCGGUAACUCAAGGUGAAGUGGAGGAGGCCAAGAGAGUUUCGGCAAGUGAGGCGACCAAACCUUCUUCAGAAGGAGAAGAUGACCCGAACGAUCCGAGCAAGCUGAGCCUGGCAGAGCGAGUACAGUUGUUCAACCGCAAGAUGGUGAGUGAGCGCGGAGUGUUGCGCUCAGCCCGCUACAAGACACAACCUGUUACGCCGGAUGAGCUGGAAAAGGCCCAGAGACUUACGCCCAUCUCUCGCACAGCCUCUUCGGUCCUAGUUUCAGGAAUCUUGAAGAACUUGACAGAGAAGAAUGAAGGUCCUAAAUCAAAGGUAAAAGUGUCAUCAGAAAGCGAAGAUGAAAACAUGAGUGAACCACCUUCUCCACAGAAGCGAGGCAUACUGAAGUCACCAUCACAGGGGUGGAGGGUCUCCAACUCGGAGGUGGAGGAGAGUCUCUCCGGGAACCUUAAGAGUGUCCUCAAGAAGGAGAACAAGAAGGGUGCAGAGCCAGAGCGGAAGAGUAAGGACCUCCACUCGAUCUUGAAAGUGUCAAGGGACAAAGAGAGCUCGUCAAGUGAGGAGACGGAGACAGAAAGUGAAGACGAUAAGCCAAACGCCAAUUCUGAUCUGAUCGAUUUGCUGCACAAGGUGGAGGCUCAGGCAAGAGGUGAGCGAAGAAUUUCAACAUCUCCGGAACGGAAGAAAGCGACGUUGGUCAUGUCCAACAACAAGAAAGCAGAGGAGCCAGACAAGCUGAUGAACCUGAAGAAUUUGGAUCAGGGGAAAGAGAAUUACGAUGUAACUCGGCGAAUCCGCAGGAAGAGGGCGGAUGGAGCGGAGCUCUCAGAAGGGGACAGUUCCUCAUCUGGUGGGCGGGAAGUGCGAAAGAUUAUCGGCAACGAAGCCAUUGCCAGGAGAAGACAGGCUGGACUCGCACGGGAAGCAGCUGAAAGAGUGAAGAAGGUCACCGCGGAGGGCGCCCUCUCCAAGAGUCGAAGCCACUCGGCCAUGAACGGCGAUGUGGUGGUGCGACCCCCCAGUGGGGCGGAGCCCUCGCCACUCCGCCGCUGCCGCACCCAGCCCAUGGACGAGUGCGAUGAGCCGGUCACCAACGGGGUCUCCAUCGCCCAACGGCUACAAGCUCUCCAGAAAAGUGGGCAGACCGACUGGAAAAAAAGGAUCUCGAGACUGAAUCCUGAGGAAGAAUUGCCAACAACCAUCAGCAUCAACGCUGCAGCAGAAGUAUUGAAGGAACGGCUAACAGCAGCUCCCAGAUCUCCUCCAGAUGCCCCCUUGUCUACUACACCCCUGGACGAGCGCCUGGGGUUGUUGGAGAGCUCAACGCAGGGAUGGCGCAGGCGGGUCAACCCCUCUGAUGCCACACAGUUCUCUGUGGCCGGCCGGAUGGCAGCCGUGCCCCCCUCGCCCCUUCCCUCUCCGGCUGCCGAACGCAAAAAGAAGAUUCCCAAACCAGAGCGGUUCAGGAGUAAGGGCACAGCCAGCAAAGAUGCCCAGUCGAUGCCGACAUCUCCCGAAGUCGAGACUACUUCUGGAGUUUUCAAACGCAGCAUCUCUGCUCCCGGAGACGAUGACAAAAUCAGUUUGUCAUCAGCAGAAGGAGACUCAGUCAGUGGGCCUCUAGUCAGUGUUCCGAAGGCCUUUGACGAUGACUUCUCCAGCUUCUUUGCUUCGAGUGCAACAGAUGAGCGGAUAGAACUGAAAGAUGAAGAUUUGGAGACUGUCACCAGCUCAACGUCACAACUACUUGUACAGAGGCGCAGGGUGAAGAUACAGCGGCGCCAUGGCGCGUCGAGUAACCCUGUGAAGGCACUGGCUGCACGAACCGACCUGCGCACUGAAUAUGUAGAAGUCAAGUCAGGUGUGGCGCACAGAGAGGAGAAGCGGCUGCGGGUAGAGAAAUUGGCUAAGAACUCGAGUAUGGCAGUGGAGGCGCUAGCAGGACUCGCCAGCCAGGAGGACUUUGCUGCCGUACAGCUGCGGAAGGCUGCAGAGUCCACAGCACACCUGUCACCCAUGCUGCCCUACAAGGAGCUCAUGUUGUUACAAAUCAAGGGUCGCCGGCACGUCCAAACACGCCUGGUACAGCCACACUACUCCAGCAUUAACCAGGGAGACUCCUACGUACUAGUCACUCCCUCUCAGGUGUUCCACUGGGUGGGAGAGUUCAGCAAUGUGAUAGAGCGGUCACGUGGCGCAGAGAUAGCACAGCACAUCGCGCAGACACGUGACAUGGGCUGUACGGCCACACAAGUGACCACAUUGCAGGGCAACACACCGCACAAACAGUUCUGGCAACUGUUGGGAGCUGAUGAGGACACUGCUGACAACUAUACAGGUGCUGCAGCGGGCCACCCUGAUGAGGAUGAGCUUUACGAGCUGGCUCUGACUGGCACUAACAUGAUCUACGAGGUGGAAGGAGAGGAGUUGGUGCCUCGUAUGGAUUGUUGGGGCAGCGUCCCCCGAAUAGAGAUACUGGACCACAACAAGGUGAUAGUGCUGGAUUUCGGCUCGGAGCUGUACAUAUGGAUGGGGAAAACUGUGACGUUGGAGCGGCGCCGAACUGCGCUGAGGCUUGGGCAGGAGCUGUGGGGCCAGGGCUAUGACUACAGCGAGUGUGAUGUCUGUCCUCUCACGCAGGCCAAGAGUCUGGGUACUCGCACAGAAGAGCAGUCGGUGGAGAAGUCUGCGACCAAAAGGCCAGAGUGGGCUCUGCUGGCCAAGGUCACCCAGCACAUGGAGACAGUUUUGCUCCGGGAAAAGUUCUUGGAUUGGCCAGACUUCAGCCGAGUAAUACAAGUCAAGACCAGAGAAAAAGAUAAACAGGUGGAAGGUUCUGUGGAAGUGAAGGCGUGUGACGCCCAGCCGAUGGUGGACUGGAGCCCUCCAGAGCCUGACCUCCAACUGGAGGGAAGUCACCUAGGCCGAGGGACCAAGUACUAUGACCCAGAGACACACAGACACUUUGAGGUGAGCACACUAAGCGUGACCGUGUGGCAUGUGCAAGAGUUCGACAGCACUGAACUGGAUAGCGCCAGCCUGGGGCAGCUGUACAGUGGGGACAGCUACGUCAUCCGCUGGUGCUACUCGGUCACUGUCACCGGUCGAGAGUUGACGGGAGCACCGUCACGACACAGCACAGUCGGGCGAGAUCGCUGCUGCUACUGGACCUGGCAGGGCGGGGAGGCCAGCACCAACGACAAAGGUGCGGCAGCACUACUCACUGUGCAGCUGGACCAGGAGCGGGGACCUCAGCUGAGACUGGCACAGGGGCAAGAGCCUCCCGCCUUCCGUCAACUGUUCCACGGAGGCUUGAUAGUACACAGAGGGCGGCGGAGCGACAGCAACACACGGCCUGGGAGAUGGAGACUUUACAUGGCACUCGGAGAGGAGGCUGGGGAGGCAAUGCUGAUUGAAGUGACAUGUUCGAUGAGACAACUACGGAGCCGUGCGUGUUUGGUCCUGCUCGAUACUGAGGAUGGCCAGGCGUACCUGUGGAGAGGCGCACAAGCCUUGCCCCAUACCCAUGCAGUAGCAUUUUCUGCAGUAGAGAAGCUCAAGGAACGACUGCCUGCCGAAGCUGGACUUGAGGAUUUUGAAGAGAUUGAUAUUGAAGAGAUUUCAGAGGGAGAGGAACCCAAAGUGUUUUUUGAAGCGCUCGGUGGUCACAACAGACAGUUGUACGUUUCACUGUCCAAGAGCGAGGUACCGGCGACUCACACACCACGGUUGUUUCGACUCACCAGCGUCAGUGGUGUGUUCCAGGCGACACCUGUGACACCGGUGUGUCACCACUUCCCCUCCCUCGUGUCGCCCUUCCCCUACACUCAGCAGGACCUCUACUCUGCCCGCCAGCCAGCCCUGUUCCUGCUGGAUGCUGGCGACACGUUGUGGCUGUGGCAGGGCUGGUGGGCAGACGAGCGUGAACGCAGCGAGGAUGAGGAGGUGGUGAGUGGGACCGGAGUGGGAGAGGUGCGGUGGCAGGCGGAGCGGCGGGCAGCCAUGCGCACCACACUGGAAUACUGUAGUCUUCACCAAAACAAGACGCCUCCUUCUGCACACCUGGUGUGGGCCGGCCUGGAACCACUGCACUUCACCAACCUCUUCCCCACGUGGACUGACCGUGAUGACAUCGCCGAGAUCAACAUCAGGGAUGGCCACAAGCCCGGAGAAGUGCUGCCUGUACAGGCAGAGUUAGAGCGGCUGACUGUGAGUGUAUACCCCCCUGCCCAGCUGCUACAGAGGCCUCUCCCUGAGGGUGUGGACCCCACCAGGCUGGAGGAGUACCUGGCUCCCAACCACUUCAAAGAAGUGUUGGGGUUAAGCCAGGAAGAAUUCUCCGAACUUCCCGCUUGGAAGCAAAACAAGCUAAAGCAAGAGAAAGGUCUGUUUUGACGUUCAUCCGGCUAGAGCUCAAGUUACCAACACGACAGCAUUUAUUGUACCACUCCGACUGACUUAGUCUUUCUUACCAAUCGUGCCAAUCUACAACCGGUUACCUACCCGAGUGUUUGUAAAAAGUAGAUGGAGUUGUCUAUAUUUGUAUUUGUACAUCCAGUGUUUUUACUUUUGAUAUAUCGAUAUCGCCUGUGGUGCAUUUAGGGCUAGUGAGAUUUCCGUUCCGCUUCCUUGCUUUCGUAAUGAUCCAACAAGAGCUUACCUCGACUUAGGGCGAGUCGUCAAGUGUUCCUAAACAUUCAAUUUCCAGUAUUUAAAGCUUUUUUUGAGCAGUGCCUUCAAAAUUUUGUUCGAUGUGAUCGUCUUUUAUUAUUAACUUUGCCUUAAAACAAUCUGUGUACUUUUGGUACAAGCAUUUCCACUUCCAAACUGAUUUUAGAAGUCAUGUAACUCUAGAAAGGAUCACUUGAAUUUAUAUAAUGUAUUUCUCCAGUCGAACAAAACAAAUAUAUUACUCUAUUUUAUGUUGAAAAAUUUAUCAUUAGUUGUGGCUAUCUCUUGUAUUUUACAUAACCUAGAGAUAGCUAAAGUAUUAGUAAAACAAAGUAAAAUAAAAAUAUUCCUAAGAUAUAAUAUCUAUUUAUUACAUUUUGGUACUUAAAAUUGUAAUUUAUGUAGGUAAGAAAGAGCAUAAGACUCAUAAAAAGUCAUGUGAAUGCACGAAUAAAAUAUUAGGCUAAAUUAUUCUACUAUAGAAUUGAACUGUUCUAGGGUUACAACUAUAGGCAAUAAUGUUUAUUUAAUUGUUAAUUUUGUUAUUGUUAUUAAUAAUGUAAUAAAGUAAUAUAUAAAGUAUUUAAUUGUAUUGUUAAUGUUUUUUUGUUGACAUUAUUCUGAUCUCUUUGUAUCUAUUUGUCUUAUGUAGAUUUUAUGCUUGUGGCAUUUUUCUUUGACAUUAUUUUGUUUUAAAAAUGUUCUUUUGUAUUCAUAAAAUUCCAUUCUGUGCAAUAUUAAUGAAGUGUUGAAGUCAAAGUUGUACGAAAGAAGACUGAAACUUUUUUUACUAAUAAUAGUUUUUUACUAAUAAUCUUUGUACUUACGUUUGAUCUGAAUGGAAUGUUAAAUAAAAUUAAAUAUGUAAAUUUUGGUAAUGAAUAGGCUUUGAAAUGCGAGGACUGGUUCAGUGAGUGGGUACAUCAGAGAGUGAAUGACAAAGAAAGAUGCCAAAACUAGCAAGGUAGCCUAAAUCUGCCGAUCUGGUGCCUAAAAGUGGUUUAGCACUGCCUUCGGUCUUCUCUACUCUUAUCUACCUUUCACUUUAAACAUUGUCUUUUCAAGCUUUUGUACUAAAUUGUAAAGUUCGAUUAAUUUGUACAUUAAACUAUUGUAAAUGAUUGUGUAAGUGUUGACUGUUCAAUUUUGUAACUUAUAUCAGUGUAUUUUUAUCAAGAAGAGGUGUGCUUACACAUUCA